ACGAAAUAAUUUUUGUCAAGAGAUGGCGCUUAUGUAUCUAAUCUGAAAACAACAAUGAUUUCAUCAGAUGACAAAUAGUUUAUAACCGUUGAAGAAUUUAUGUAAAAUUAUUGUUGAUAAAUAAAUAAUGUUCGGUAAAAAGAAAGCGACCCCUAAAAGGGAUCAUUCAGGAAAGAAUUUAUCCCAAUAUGGAUUAUUUGAUGUCCCCACGAAUUUAUCCUUUGAAAAUGAUGACGAUAUUGAUGAAGGGGACAGCGAUUUAGAAGCCGAAUUAGCCGCUUUGUCUGGAGGUGGGAAGCCAAAAAAGCCACCAAGAAAAAAGCAUGUUCCGCAAGCAGAUUUAGAUUCGAUGGUAGCAGAAAGUAUGAAAGAUAUCCCUUCUGACGAGGAAUUAUCAGGAGAUGAAGAUGAUCCUGAUUUAUUAAAUGAAUUAAGCGAAUUAACUGGAGUUGAUCAUGAUGAAGAACCUCUCAUACAAGUUGAAGAAAAAUCUAGUUCUAAUGAUGAUUCUUCCGGUGUGGUUUCUUUGUUAAAAGAAAGAUUAAAACUUUAUGAAACUGCUGAAUCUAAUGCUAAGGAAGCUGGGGAAUCUAGUCGUGCAAGAAGGUUUAAUAGGGGUGUUAAAACUCUAAAAGAUCUUGUAAAACAAGCUGAAAAAGGUGGGGUUAUUAAUCCUGAUGAUAUCCCACCGGAAGUUACCGUUAAUAUUCGUAAAAAUGAUAAUAAAAAUGACACUGUAUUGAGUCCUACUCGAGUAGCCCCUCCCCCUCCACCACAAAAACCGCAAAUUGAUGCAAAUAAUCAAAAUCAAGUAAUAAAUGAAGAACCCAAACCAAUAGAGUUAUCUGAAGAUAAUAAAAAAUUAUUGGAAUUAUGUAACCAAAGAAGAAAUGAAUACAAAAUGGCAGCAGUUAUAGCAAAAAAAGCUGGUGACUUAGAAGCAGCUUUAACAUAUGUAAAAGUUGUAAAAGCUUUUGAACAAGUUAUAAAAGCUGUUGAAAAUGGUCAAACGGUCGAUGUAAGUGAUAUGCCAGGUCCCCCACCUCCAUAUGAACCUAAAAAAGAAGAAAACUCAGUUGAAAAACAAGAAAACGUUGAUGUUCCUCAAAUUCCGGUUGAAAAUGAAGAACCUGAACAACUUAUAACAGCUGGUAGCUUAGAAGAAGCCCUCCAACAACGAUUAGAGGUUUAUAAAAAACAAGAAGAUUCAGCAAAAGAACAAGGAAAUUCAAGUAAAGCUCGGCGAAUGGGGAGAAUUGUAAAACAAUUUGAACAGGCAAUUAAAUCACAUAAAAGCGGAAAACCCGUUCCUUUGGAUGAGUUGCCUAAUCCACCUGGUUAUGCCCCAUUAAUUGAUCCAAAACCUCAACCUAAAUUACCCGAAAAUGAACCGAAACCUACCCCGAAAAAAGAAGAAGAAAAUAAAAUCGUUGUUACCCCAAAAAAACAUCAAACAACCAGAGCUGAAAAACAAUUAAAAUUUCUUCUCGCCCAACAAAAAGAAUUUAAAUUAGCGGCGAUUAACGCUAAGAAAAAAGGGGAAGUCGAUCAAGCCAAAGAAUAUCUUCGGGCGGCGAAAGGUUUUGAUCCGUUAAUUGAAGCGUCUCAAGGUGGUUUACCUGUAGAUAUAAGUUCUUUACCACUUCCGCCUUCAGCUCGUUCUAAAUUAGAGAAUGAAUUUGAACUUGUAAUGCCAGACGAAUGUACGGAAGAGGAUACGGAUAGAGAUGUCUUAACGCGACUUGAAUCUCAAUUAAACAAACAAUUAAAAAUGUGUCUUACAACGCGCGAUCAUAAUAAGGCUAUUGGAGAUGUUGCGGGGACGAAUCGAUUCGAAAGAUUAGCACUUUCCGUAUCGAAAGAUCUUGAUUUAGUACGUUUGGCGAAAAAGAGUGUGGAUGCGGCUAUACCUACGUUUCAUUAUGAAAUGAAAGAGUUUUCGGUUGUUAAAACUUUUACGGAAUUGAAUGAUAACGAUGUCGAAUUGUUUAUUAUAAGGGGGAUCAAUUAUAAUUGUGCUAAUCCAAAGGAAAUUGAUACAUAUGUUAAAUUUGAAUUUCCUUAUCCACAAGAAGAAACUUACAAAGAAAAGACGAGCACAGUUAAAAAUACAAAUAACCCAGAGUAUGAUUCAAAAUAUUUAAUUCCGAUUCAAAGGAGCGUUAGGACUUGUUUGAGGGUUUUUAAAAGACAUUCUGUUAAAUUUGAGGUUUAUUCUAAAGGCUGUUGCGCUAGCGAAUUAUGUUGUUUCAGGGGUUUCUUCAGAUCAGACGCUUUGUUAGGGACGGUGAACGUUAAAUUACAACCAUUGGAGACGCAGUGUGAGAUUCACGAUAGUUUUGAUAUUAUGGAUGGUAGGAAAAAAACUGGUGGUAAACUUGAAGUUAAAAUUCGAGUUCGAAAUCCGAUGGUAAGCAAACAAAUUGAGCAAAUUUCCGAAAAGUGGCUUGUACUUGAUCACUAGAGUUUUAAAGAAAAUAUAUAAAGUGUUGCUAAUUUUUUAGGCGUAUUAAGUUUAAGUGCGCUUUCUGUAUUAUAUUCAUUGUAUAGUUUUAAACAAUUGGAGAUUUUUUUAUAGAUAUCACUAUUUUAUAGCUUUAUAAAAUAAUUUAAUCAAAUAAUAAAAUAUUUAAACAUGA